AUGAUUGUCAUCUACGCGUUUCUUGGGUUCUUCGUGGGAAUCUCGUCGCAAGAAAAUGACGGUUGUCAAGCUGAUGAAGUUCCGUGUCGAUUGGAUGAUGUGAUGAAAUGUUUCAGUCUCAGCGACAUUCAAAGUAUCACCGACAAAGAACAAUGCCAUUUUCAAAACGAUCACCAAACUCGCAACGAUUCAUCACCGGAAAAGGGGCUCAGUAGUCGAGAGAUUCUGGAGAACGGCGCCAUGACGUUUAUUUGCGUCUUUUUGUGGCGUGAGAAUUUGAAACGAUUUCCUAAACCUUUUCAAAUU